CUUCCAGAAUGCAAGGCAACUGAAGCUCUAAUCAUAUGACUUAAACUGACCUCUUGCGAUUUCUAGUGUCUGCAGUCACAUGAUAGAGUCAGAUGGCAGAGUAAAGAUGGCUGCAGUGACAGAAGAGCAGUUUGCAGCUCUGCAGAUCUUAUUGAAGGCUUCCUCAAAGGACGUAGUUAGACAACUAUGCCAAGAGUGCUUUUCUAGCUCAACCAGAGGCUCAAGCAAAUUGAUUGACAGCACCUGUUCCAAUCUGUCUGUGACAUCAGAAGAAGCAGCUCAACUGGUCUGCUGUUUGCACAACCUCACCAGGCACAUUGUGUAUCGGGGCCUGUCAUCUGCGGAAGAAAUUCUCUCUCUUUUCCCAGAGAACUUCCACCAGAGUCUAAAAAACCUCCUGACCAAGAUAAUUUUGGAAAAUGUCUCCGUCUGGAGGAGUGAAGCACAAUCAAGUCAGAUCUCCCUGCCUCGGCUGGUUGAUAUGGACUGGAGAGUGGACAUCAAGACGUCCUCGGACAGCAUCGGCAGAAUGGCAGUCCCCACCUGCAUGCUACAGUUGAAGAGGAAGCUGUAUUUCAUUGGUGAUGUACACAAUUUGGGGAGCACACUGUGGUCCUUCAGGAGGGGAAAUUGUGGUGUAGAUUCAGGAAGAUGCUGCCUUGUGUGAGGAUAACCCUGUGAUCUCUUCAGUGACUGUGGAGCUGAAUAAAGAAACCCUAGACACUAUGUUAGAUGGUCUGGGAAGGAUCCGAGACCAACUCACUGCUGUAGCAAACAAAUGAAUGCCUGGGAUGUGAAUUUCACCUGCCAUUUGUACCUGGAAAGGAACUCUCCUCUAUUACAAAUAGAGCUCUGAUAUCUUACAGACUGGUAUCUCUCUCUUUCUCUACCAAACAAAAUUUAAAGAUGGUUUGAUUUUUUUUGUUGGGGGGUGGGGAAGGGGGAGGUAAUAACACAGCUUUCCAAAAGCAGACGCUUCAAGGUGCACUUGCUCUGGUGCCAAAUGCAUUUUACUAAUGUUGUUGAACAAAAACUGGUCUCCCAUUCAGAGAAGGAUUUAAAGGCUCAGAGCCUGACUUAAUCGCAAGAGUUGUAAUGGGAAAUAGCAGCAGCCAAUGGAGCGAACACUGUUUCCCUGCCCUGAGAUUAGGGACAAAAAGACUGAGGCUAGCUGAUGGGCUGGCUUCCAGCGUUGCCAGACAACAAGAGUGCUUCUCUCUCAAAGCUGUGUGUACUGAGGUGCAUGCUGUACGUAUCUCUCUCUCCCUCUCUUAAUGAGGCAUAGCUAGGCUACAGAUUGUUAUUAGAGGAUAAGGUUUUGAAAUAGGACAAUUAUGCUGCAGUGCAUUCCCUUCUGAUUGACUCCAUAUUACUAUUUGCAAAAUGACUAGUCUGAGCACCUCACUGUAAGUAACUGGGUUGGAACAUCUUUAGUAGCAAGUAAUUUCCUCCUUCUGGCUGAAAAGAAAAGGGGGGUGGGUUUUGCUCACUUAUGUUGGGUUUAAUAGUCUUAGGCUUUGUCUUCCCUGCAGAACGAAAAAAGGUGUGUAGAGAAAUUUAGAUGGUAAAGAAUCAAUAGCAACUGUGUGUACCACUGCUGGGGCCUGUACCCCAAAAAGGCCAAGUUACAUCUUCAUGUAAAAUGAAUCUUUUUAAUAAAAGAAAAAAAUAAACUGUUA